CACAUACACACUUAUCUUAUACAAAUUCAUUGUAUACAUAAAAUCAGUGGCAUGUCUGGUCAGUGCAAGUAAGAUUACAAGAAAAAAUGGAUAAAAGAUGGAGUCUUCAAGGUAUGACUGCUCUUGUGACCGGUGGCACUAAAGGCAUCGGGGAAGCUGUGGUGGAGGAACUAUCAAUGCUGGGAGCAAGAGUCCACACAUGUGCAAGAGAUGAAACUCAGCUUCAAGAACGAUUACGUGAAUGGCAAGCAAAAGGGUUUCAGGUUUCCACUUCUACCUGCGAUGUAACUUCUCGUGAGCAACGAGAGAAGCUCAUGGAAACUGUUUCCUCUCUCUUCCAAGGCAAACUCAACAUUUUGGUAAACAAUGUAGGAACCUUUAUAGUCAAGCCGACUACAGAGUAUACAGGAGAAGAAUAUUCGCUUAUAAUGGCUACAAAUCUCGAGUCAGCUUUUCAUCUCUCACAACUCUCACACCCUUUGUUGAAAGCAUCAGGCUCAGGGAGCAUCGUGCUCAUGUCCUCAAUAGCCGGACUAGUGCAUGCCAAUGUUGGAUCCAUCUAUGGAAUAACGAAAGGAGCCAUGAAUCAGCUAGCUAGAAACUUAGCUUGCGAAUGGGCGAGAGACAGCAUUAGGACUAACGCUGUAUGUCCAUGGUAUAUCGCAACUCCUUUGGUUAACGAUCUUCUUAAAGAAGGAGAGAUUAUAAAAGAAGUGGUGAGUAGGACUCCUCUUGGUCGUGUUGGAGAGCCCAAUGAAGUUGCAUCACUUGUGGCUUUCUUGUGUCUACCUGCCGCUUCAUAUAUUACUGGUCAGAGCAUUUGUAUUGAUGGAGGUCUCACUGUUAAUGGCUUCUCCUAUCAGCCAAAAGACAUUUGAAUCUCUUUAUUUAAGGGUACUUUUCUCAUUUCCUAAUAUGCCAAAAGACAUCAAAGUGGCAUUUCUAGAAAGGAAUAAUCAAAAGUGGCAGUUUGGUUGAGUUUAA